AUGUCCGAGGAGUCAUCGCUUUCCAAAAAACGUCGACGAACUUCUAGCGUUGAUGAUUCGUCUUCACCUGUUUCUUUGUCCGUUAAUGGCGAUUCCACCGACGCCAAUGGUUCUAGACGUCCACGUGCUAAUUGGACUCAAGAAGAAGAUGAAGCUUUAUUUAAGGCUAUAAGUGAAGUUAUGCAAGGAAAAUGGAAAGAAGUUUGUUCAAAAUCUCCUCUGCUUGAAA